AUGGACGGCCCGGAAUCUGCUGAUGGAACCUUAAUCAUCAUGGUCUGUAGGGCCAAACACUUGCCUAACCGUCGAAAGCUCGACAAGCAGUCGCCGUAUGUGUUGCUCCGAAUCGGCACCACUGCUAAGAAAACGCCCAGCCAUUUCCGGGCGGGGCAGACUCCAGAAUGGACCCACGAAAUCCGAUUUCAGCUAUCCAGAGAUCGAAAGCCCAUUCUCAAGCUUGACGUCUUGGACGAAACGAAAAACGACCCCACGCCUAUCGGCAACACUGAGAUUGACUGCUCGCAUGUGUUUCUGGACCCGGCCAACUUACAGAACGGUGGGAAAUAUAUCUUGGACAAUUGGUACGAGUUGACAUGUAAUAAUCGCCAGGCAGGCAUGAUAUACCUAGAAAUGACCUUCUACCCCAGCGCGCCGGUGCUACCGCCCAAAGUUUCUAUGUCGUCUGUGUCUUCGGAGCCUCGUGAUUUACCCCCAAUUCCUGACUCGGACUUACAUCGUCUGGACCCGGUCAACAUAGCCGAUGAUGUUUUCGUGUCGGAUGAUUACAAAAAGAAGUCCAGUUUCUUCCGUCACUCUGAUCCUAGCCCUCCCAAGGAUGAUAGUGUGUUUGUGAGCGGUCUGCCCAAAAAGAGCGGACGUUUUGCUGCGUUCAAGAGCAAAUUCAAGGCCAAAGAGCCCAUAUCGUCUAUCUGGAGCGAAAAACAGAAACUGCCAGCUCAAACGGUGGCCGUCGAUGAUAUAAUUACACCAACCAUGUCGCCAAUUGACAAUCUAGACCGGUUGCGAGCAGAUAUUGGCGUCAUUUCACCUCCAGCGCCUACUCCCCCUCCACAUUCACCUCUGACUUAUUCGGCUCCAGGAUCUUAUUCCAUAGACUCUCGAACGAAGUCGCCGCCACACACACCAGUGGCAGCGUCACAUCCACACCGAAAUUUUCCUGGAACACCAUUUCCACCUAAGUCUGGUGAUCUGUAUUCCACCCCAGAUCAAUAUUCUACCUCUUCGGACAGAUAUUCCAGCAUUACGCCUGAACUCUCUCAAAGUCAAUAUUCCGAGCAGAAUAUGUUUCCUAGGUCAGAUUACGGAUACCCCAACGAUAGAAUCUCGCCAAAUCCUCGACUUUCUCCUGGCAGACUUUCUCCUGGCAGACUUUCUCCAGACAGACUUUCUCCAGAUAGACUUUCUCCAGAUAGACAUCCCAUGGACCGGCCCGCAAGGCUGUCGCCAAGGCUGGCAGGGAAUUCCAAACUGACAAGUCCACGCCGAAAACCUCCUCCACCAGAUAUGAGCGACGAUUUCUCUAAGCUCAAGCUCUCGCUGACCACUUCAAUUCCAUUUUCAGCAGAUUCUUUUGGACUAGAUGACGAUGACGAAAACGAUGCUUUGCCUACACAGGUCUUCCACUUGGGGCAGAAGGUCCAGUCACUUACUCAUUCUGCGAAGGAUAACACUCAUUUGAACCCCAACGAUAUUGAUCCAAAAUACUAUGCGCCGUCGCCAUCUGAGCAAAUGGCAAAGUCUUGGAGACUACAAAAUGGACAGGCCAACAAGAACGACCUCAAGGUGGACCUUAAUACUGAAACUACAGGAUACUUGGGUGACGGGAAAUGGCAAGCCAAUCGGUUUUCUCCAUCGGUGUUUCUGAGAAUUAACGACGAGAACUCCGAGAAAGAGAAUAAGCCUGCAGUUCCUCCCAAAAUACCUAGGGGACUCAGCGAACUGGAGUAUUUUGUUCUCGAAAAGGAAGCUUAUCUAAAGGAUAUUAAUGGGCGGCGUAUUUAA